AUGAACGCCUCUCCUGAUUCCCGCAUCUGCUCUAUUUUUGACUGCUGGUAUCGAGGUCUCUUCUUUGAGGUGUCGACACCACACAUUAUCUAUGCCGUCCUUGGGGCAUUUAUCGUUAUCUUUGGCAUGUUCUCGCUUUUCCUGCGUGAACGCCUGUACAUAGGAGAAGCCAUCUGGGCAUUCAUAUUCGGAGUCAUCAUCGGCCCGUACUGCGCAGACAUAUUCAACCCACGCGCGUGGUCGUCCUCGUCGGAUCCCAGCGUCAUUGAGCAGACGACGAACGAGAUCACGCUCGAGUUUACCCGCGUCGUGCUCGCCAUCGGCGUCUUUGCGAUCGGUGUCGAGCUCCCCAAGGCGUAUAUGCUUAAACACUGGAAGAGCCUGAUGUUCCUCCUGGUGCCCGUUAUGACCUGGGGAUGGUUCGUCUCCGCCGCGUUCAUAUUCGCGCUUGUUCCAGGGCUCAACUUUCUCUCCUCCCUCGCUGUGGCGGCCUGUCUUACACCAACGGACCCUAUCCUCGCCGCUGCUGUCGUCGGAGGAAAGUGGGCAGAUAAGCAUGUUCCAGCGCAUAUCCGCCACCUGCUCGCAGCGGAGAGCGGCUGCAACGACGGCGCUGCGUUCCCAUUCCUCUACCUCGCACUGUACCUGACAAUCGACCGUACGACGGGGAUUGCUGUUAGAGAUUGGUUUUUGGUUCUAUGGCUUUACCAAGUCAUCCUGGGCGUUAUCAUAGGCUGCUUCCUGGGCUUCGGGUUUAGACACCUCAUGAAGUUCUGCCAGCGGCACGACCUCAUCGACAGACACUCCUACGUCGCACAAUACGUCUCCCUUGCUAUGCUCACCAUUGGAGUCACCACGCUCCUAGGCUCCGACGACCUCCUCGCGGCCUUCUUCUGCGGCACCGCCUUUGCAUGGGACGGGUUCUUCAAUAAACAGACCGAAGAAUCCGUCUUCUCAUCCGUCGUCGACACGCUGUUCAAUAUCGCCGCGUUCAUCUACGUCGGCGCGUGGAUGCCAUUCAACAAGUUCAACGACGCGGCACUGACGCUCAGCGUCUGGCGUCUCGUCCUCAUUGCUUUACUCGUGCUCGUGCUGCGCAGGCUCCCAGUGAUGAUGCUGUUGUACAAAUGGAUUCCGGACAUCAAGACUUUCAGAGAGGCGGUGUUUUCAGGCCAUUUCGGGCCUAUUGGUAUCGGUGCGGUGUUUAUCUCGACGCUGGCCAUUGAGAUCCUGCAGCAUGCACGCGAGCACGCCGAGGCGGCUACGACAGGCAGCGGCGGGCACGAAGUGAAUGGCGACUUUGGAGAAGAGACCGACCAGAUGCGUCUGUUGGAAGACACGAUUCAGCCGAUUGUCGCGUUCAUGGUCCUGUGCUCCAUUACAAUCCAUGGGCUGUCAAUUCCUGGCUUUAGCUUGGGACGGCGUGUGCACAGUGUGUCGCGGACGUGGAGUCGGAGAGAUACGAUGACAAACACGAGCACACGCGGUGGAAGGGUCAGAGAACCCGAGUGGGCGACGCAGGCGCGCAGGGUGACGCGUGCAGAGGAUAUUGUUGUGAACAGGGAUAGAGACGACAUGCCCAGGCCUGCGCGGGACGUGGAUCUGGAGAGCGGGAUCGUCCUCGAGCGCGAAAAGUCCACAGGAAGUGGGAGUGGGAGUGGUACGAUUGACAACGAUAUCGACGAGGAGAAGACGGGGAAUGGGUAUAUGGCUGAGUCAGGGCUCAGCGGCGACACACGCGUUGCGUCGGCGACCCCUGGGGGUGAUGGGGUGCAUGUCGAAUUUGUGGAUAGUCCUGGCCCUGCGACGCGCAUUGGGACGCCAGAUACGACGAGGCCUGCUACGCCCUCUGCGGCUGCUACAGGUGGUUCUGGAAUUGGACUGGGAGGCUUGGGAGCCACCGUUGCUGAUGAUCAACAUCGGCAACAACACCGACAAGCUGAAGAUGCACACGCACAUCGCCAGCACCCGCAGAUAUUUGGCCAGCCGCACCAUGUACGACACCCUGAGCAGAGAGCAGCAUCUGAUAGAGAUUACGCACCUGAUGGAGGGCCUGUAGAGGACGAUGGCGAGCAGGAGCAUACGGUCGCCGAGUGGAUUGAGGGUAACCAGCGAGUGAUCGAGACCAAGAGAGGUCCUGGUAGCGAUGUUGAAGUUGUCGUCGUCGAUGAUGGUCCGAGUCGUUCAGGAGCGAAUGCUACGCCUACGGCGCGAUGGCAGGGGAAAGUACACGAACUUGAGCAUGAUGCGGAGGAUAUUGGACGCGCUAUUUCACGGCGGUUGAGUCAGAUUGGAACAAAAAAGGGUGCUGGACAUCGUGCCAAGGAGACUGAAGAAAAGGGGGAUAUUUUGUUAAGCCAGGCAAAGCAGCUCGAACAAGAACGGCAUCAACAAGAGAGGACGCAGGAGGUCGUACCACCAGCGCUAGCUACCGUAGGAGGGGACACAGAGGAGGAUUCGGAUGCUUGGGUGUCAGAUACCGACCCAGCGGCUUUAUCAGGCUCCAGAGCGAUCCCGCCGCGCACGACGAGCCCGACAAGCCGUGCCGCCAAGAACGCACAUGCUCGACGGGGGCCUCCUCAGCAUCCCAAGCCGACGCUAGGCAGAGCUUCCAAGCCGACUGGGCUCGCGCGCCCAGGGACUGCAGACUCGUUUGCGUCACUUGCGUCCAAUGCAUCGAGCACGAACGCAUCGCCGAGGGUGGAUGCUAGUGGAAAUGUUCUGCCGCCGCGCAACCAGCGCUUGGAGAAUAUACGCACGGGGACGCACUCUAGUCCUGGGACGAGGGAGAGCUCGCCGUCUAGGAAUGUAAGAUUUGUUGAUUAUGCUUCGCAAGGAAGGCCAGGAAGCAGUGGUACUUCUGUAUCUGCUUCUCAAAGUCAACAGCUGCCUCCACCGUCUGUAGGUGCGGCUGAAACUCCACUUGCUGCAGCAGGAGAUGAGGAGGAUGUUGACCCAGAUACCGGUGUCGGUGAAGAGAGAAAGGGCAGGAGUAGAAGCAAACGGAGGUUUAGGAGGAAAGGUGAUGAUAUCGUCUAA